AGCUCCGGAAGGGAACGUAAACUUCAUCCAGCACAUAACAGAGCAGGACAGCUGUUUUUGAAAACCGAGUAAGAUAAUCUUCCAUUUUCACUAGAAUGCCAUGUCAAAAAAGAAAAAUGCAAUCUACUGAACUUCAAGACAAUAAGAAGCAGGUGGAUCUGAGCUCGACAGCGUCUGAUAAAUCUGGCCGACCGUCUCUGCGUCCCAAGAGGCCCCGAGGGUCAGGAGUGCUGCUGAAGAAAGUUUCAGUUAAGUCCAAAAGAAAAUGUUUGACACAGCUAAGAGAUGAAGUGGAGAACCCGCUUCGUCGUUCCUCGAGACUGAAAAUCCCCUCGAAGAAAGUGACUGGUGUCAAAAGGAAAAAGAUAUCAGUUAAAUCUGCAGUGGCAAAGGAACCAGGCUGCAAAAUUCGUAUUCAAGCUUCAAAGAAAGAUGGGGAUAAAUUGUAUGUGACUUUGCCUGUCCUUAAAAAAGGAAGCAGGAAAUACACUUCUCGAGUGAAGAAGGAGAAGUGUCAGUCUCUGCUUUCAGAAACAGCUUGCACGGUGUCGGCACUACUGUACCCUGUGUUAAUAGAGCACAGCUAUGGUCAGCCUCCUGAUUCACACAGUGAAGAAACAACACUGCCAGACAAAAACAAGGCUGGAGGAAUCACUAAUUUUGGUCUUGAUCUGAAUGAUGAACAUGAUGCUCCAGUGUAUCAUUCAGUGACCCAACUUAGUCAGUCCUCUGAGACGAAAACAGCAACAAAAUCAGAAGAGAACGCACUCUUAGUUGACCCCCUUGGGAAAAUCACUGGACAUUUGGAUGCUGGAGAAGGUGUGAUGAGAGAAUCUCUGCCUCCUCGGCAAGCAUUUUCUAAUGUCAUUCAAGAGACUAGUUUGAACAACCAUGAAUUAAAUUGUGAAAACAUCUCAGAUAUCAAUGCCAUGGUGAAUGCAUGUUUUCUACAAGAUAGUCUCCAGAAUCAGGUGGUGUCUGAUGCUUCUGGUUUGAUGCAGAGCUCUAUGACCUCAGAACCGCUGGAUGAUGUUGAGAUUGAACACUGUGUUGUUGAGAUUGAAACAAUGGAAGACCUCAGUGCCUUAGACAGUAACGAGCAGCCGCCCCAGGACUUGCAGGAAUCAGCAGGACUCCAAGAAACCAGCAAAGCUGUGGUAUGCAAGGAGAGUACAUCAACUCCUUCUCUUCCACAAGAUGGUGCAAAAGACUCCACACAAGGUUCUCUUGCACAGGCCAGUGCAGAACCUCCCAAGAAGCAAGCAAUGAACCCUCAGGCCAGAACCAAGGCUCGUCUGGCAGCAAUGGCUAAAGAGAGAGCAGCUGCUACUAGGAGGCCACCUCCAAAACAGCUCAAUCUCUUAGCUCUGUGUGAGGAAAUCGCAGAUGACAUUGCAUCUGAUACAACGGCAGCGAAAGAAAAGAAGACUGAAGAAUGCAUUCAAUCCAGUGACAUGAUUCAGAGUAAAAAUGAGGUAGAGAAUGCAACAAUUCCCACUGUUUCCAGUGACCUCCCUGUCCCAGAAAGCCUCACUGAGGGGAUACUGGAACCCAAGGUACACAAGAGCACACCCAAGAAACGCUUUUUCUUAAGCCAAGUGUCCGUCCCACUUAAAACCCAAGAAAAAAAAAAACUGUCCCGAUUCCAGAAGCUGAGACAGGUUGAGCUGCAGAGAGACAAAUUGACAUGGACGCGUGUUAAAAAGCUGAAAUCGGAUCAGGCUAGUCAGGACGAUGCAAAUGAUUCCACACAGACUUCACCCAUUUCAGUAUCAACCACUCAUGCCAGUCUUCCUCCUCAUUCUCCCACACCACUUACUCCAACAAGUGUGUUAAAAAUGGCCUCAAGCGAGUGCAGGAGAACACUCCCGGCUGUGGCACCCCCCAUGCCCAAUGGUAUUACCAGUUUAAAGCCAAGGCCUGUUGUGGAGUAUAAGCCAUAUAAUCCCAGACCAAAAUACUCACCAGAUGAUUUUGAGCUGGAUGAGCCGAGUGAAGAGACAAGCAAGCCAGCUGUUCCCAAACAGGAGGACAGAAUGGAGCAACUCUCAUCUUUGGCUGUAGAGUCCUCUAGAACACUGGGAAAGCACAUAUGUAUCAAGACCCCUCCAGCAUCAACAGGUAUCAAGUUUAACCAACAAGAUGGUUCUCAUAAGACACCAAUGGAAAAUUCAGAAGUCAGAAACAGGGGCACCUCUGGCAGUGGGUCAGACACAGAGCUGAGGAAUGAAGUUACGAAUAAUUUAAGGACUGCGAGUGUCGAAGGAGAGCAAAAAAACACCGACAAGAACCAGAAUGCAUUUGGAGCCACAACUUGUAGUGUGUGUGGGAUGCUGUAUUCUCCUUCCACCACUGAGGAUGAGACCCAGCACCUGCUCUUCCACAACCAGUUCAUCAGUGCUGUCAGAUAUGUGGGUUGGAAAAAGGAGAGGAUUUUAGGGGAAUACCCAGAUGGCAAGAUUAUACUUGUUCUACCAGAUGACCCUAAAUAUGCACUGAAAAAGGUGGAGGAGAUAAGAGAAAUGGUGGACAAUGACCUGGGAUUCCAGCAAGUGGAGACUAAGGUCCCUUCCCAGACCAAAACCUUCCUCUUCAUUUCAAAUGACAAGAAGGUGACUGGGUGUCUGAUCGCUGAACACAUUCAGGAGGGUUACAGGGUGAUCGAAGAGCCAUUGCCAGAAGGUUCAGAGAGGGAGAAGUUGAUGUUUGAGCACCAGAGGGCCUGGUGCUGCUCUACUGUUCCAGAGCCAGCAGUGUGUGGGAUCAGUCGCAUUUGGGUGUUCAACAUGAUGAGGAGGAGAGGCAUUGCGUCACGAAUGAUUGAGUGUCUCAGGAACAAUUUCAUCUAUGGGUCACAUUUAAGCAAAGAUGAGAUUGCUUUCUCAGACCCAACACCUGAUGGCAAGCUUUUUGCUACUCAUUACUGUGGAACCUCGCAGUUUCUGGUGUACAACUUCAUCAGCGGGACACGUUUAAACUGACGACACUCAUAAAUGGACCCAGCACUUUCACAAAGAUCCUCCCCUUCAAAUAUUACAACAAUUUAAGAAGAACCGUUUCAGCCGUUGCAUCCAAACACAAAAUGGACCCAAAAAAUGGAGCUACACCUGGGAGGAUUUCAACUUUUACUAUUAAGAGAGACAGGCUUAUUGUUAGCAAGCUUCUUUUAAAAAAGAAUGUUGAUCAUGUUGGAUAAUUUUUUUAAAAUACAUAUCCUAAUAUGAUUUCAAAUCCCAAAGUGGUUGAACAGGGAGAAGCUAAUCCCAGAUCAAUUAUAUUAAAUAAGUAACAUUUUUACCCAGUGGAGAUUUAUUACCUGCCUUAUGCAAUUAUGAUGUCUACUCCAUCAAGGUCAUGUCAUAUGGAAAUGUGCAUUGGGUAACACUCCACAGUAGCGUAUAGCUAUUGUUAAGUUUGGUGAAAAGCGUGUGCAAUUCUCUCAGGUUUAGUUCAAAGCCUAUUUUAAGACUUCCCAUAUCUUGUAGAAGCCAUUUUGUCUAAAGCACAGUUGCAAAAUCAGUGUUUGCUAAUCCUCUUUGAGCAUAGGGAAAAUAUAUGAAAUAUACUACUGCAAACAAUGUCUCUCUCCUGAGGCUACCUUACAAUAACGGAACAUUUAUUUUUCAUCUCAGGUAGUAUCAUUGAGCUGUCUUUUGGGACUAGAUUUAUCCAAACUUGCAUAUGACAUGCACUAUAUGGCCAAAAGUGCGUGCUCAUCUGACCAUCACACCCAUUUGUGCCCAUCCCAUCAUGGGCAUUAACACAGUCUUGGCUCCUCUUUGCUUUUAUUACAAGUUUUCACUCUUAUGGGAAGGCUUUCCACUAGAUUUUGGAACAUGGCUGUGGGGAUUUGUUCUCAUUUAGCCACAAGAGCAUUAAUGAGGUUGACGGUUGAUGUCAAGUGAGAGAGCUUCCAGUGCAGUAGGCUUUCUAGUUAAUCCCGAGAAUGUUCAUUUGGGUUGAGGUCAGCACUUGGGCUGCUCAAGUUCUUCCACAUCAACCUUUGCAAACCAUGCCUUUAUGGCCCUUGCUUUGUGAUUGGGGGUUUGUCAUGCUAUAACAGACUUUUAUUCAAAUGAAAGGAAACCUCAGUGCUUCAACAUACAAAAACAUUCUCGACAAUUGCGUGCUUGCACACACAUUGCGGCAACAGUUUGGGGAAUGCUCACAUAUGGCUAUGGUGGUCGGGUGUCCACAUACUUUUGACUAUAUUGUGUAAGCUUAAACUCUUUGCUCUUGCAGUUUCAGUGUUCACAUUACAUAAAGUGGAAAAUCACAACUUCCUGAAAAAAAAUGACUUGUAUUUUGCACCAACAAAACCUUUACACAUGCUUCAGUCAUUUUCAGAAUUAUUGGCG